AUGAAACGAAUACCGAUGAUGAUGAAUAACAUUGAAUUGCUUUAUUACGAAGACAAUCUUGUGCAAGUUAUCAAACUACCUUAUACUCACCCUAAAAUAGAAAUGGUUUUCAUACUGCCAAAAGCACGCUUCGGCUUAUCUGAUGUUCUAGCAAAAUUAACGGGUGAAGAUCUAUUCAAAUAUAUUAAUGAUGCAAAAAAAAACUACGUUACCGUCAUUAUACCAAAAUUUCAAGUGAAAGAAAAAUUAGAUCUGAAAGAAGCUCUACAAAAAAUUGGCAUCACAGAUGUUUUCAGUGGAACAGGCAGUUUUGGAGAGCUAGUAAAUAAUACAGUUUCAGUUUCUAUUGGCAAAGUUAUGCAUGCAGGCUUCAUUGAGAUAGAUGAAAAAGGAACGGAAUCAACGGCUGCUACAGUAGUUGAUUUAAUAGAUCGUAUGGGUACGCAGCGUCGUUUUGUUGCUGAUCAUCCAUUCCUCUUUGCAAUUGUUGACAAUUUGAAGACUGUUCUAUUCAUAGGUCAAUAUGUGAAAUGA